UCAACACAGGCGACGCGGACCGAAGCCGGACAUUCGGCAAUUCAAAAAUGGAUGGGCAGUUCUGCGGUUCGGAUGUGCCGUCGAAAAUUUUUCCGUUUUUUGUGUGAAAUUAUUGCAAAAAAGUGCUUGCCUAGUACGCUAGUGAAAUCGGUAGUACAAUGUGCACAGAGGAAAACUUUAACUUCUUGUUGUUUUAAAUCCGAUUGGUGUGGUGAAAAAUUCGUGAAAUUGUCGCACCCAAUCUAUUUUGGUUCGUUCCUUGGAAAGCUUUCUUCGAACCCAUAACCAAUGAAAAUGUGGCAUGAGGCACGCAAGCAGGAGAAAAAGAUCCGGGGCAUGCUGGUGGACUACCGGAAGCGAGCCGAACGACGUCAGGAUUUUUACGAGCGGAUAAAAGCUGACCCGACGCAGUUCCUGCAAGUUCACGGUCGCAAAUGCAAGAUCCACCUGGACCCGUGCGUGGCGGCAGCUGCAGACAAUCCAGCCAUCAUGAUGCCGUGGCAAGGUCAGAAGGACAACCUGAUUGAUCGGUUCGAUGUGCGGGCCCAUCUGGACUACAUUCCGACGCUGCCCAGCAAGCCCGAUCAGCUAGCCGAGGACGAUGUGCUGGACGUCGAGGAGCGAGCCAUGAAUUACGAGCGGUAUCGCGUUCUGGCACAGAACGAGUUCCUCGGUAUCAGCGAGGAAAAGUUCCUGCAUCAACUUUUCCUAGAGGAGCAAUUCGGCGUGAAUGCACAGGUCGAAGCGGAACAGAAAGCAUCCUCUUCGAAGAAGAAAGCCGGUGGAGGCGUUGCGAUUGGGUAUACGUACGAAGAGUCGGAACCGACUGGUGUGGUCCCAUUUACGCAGACCAUUACGGCGAUAGAGCAAUCGGCGGCCGGAAACAAGUACGAUGAGUGUAUGAAAAGUGACUCGGAUUCGGAUCUGGACAUGGACGUUUCGAUCGAUAUUAAUAAGGUGGGAAAUGCGCAGGCACAUGAGAUGAACGCUUGCGGGCGGCAUUACGGAAUGAAGAGCAACGAUUUCUACUCCUAUUUGACGAAGGAUGCGGAUGAAGCGGAAGCGAUGCGCAUGGCGCGUGAAGAAGAACAGGAGAAGAUAAUGUUCAGCGGCAGGAAGAGUAGACGGGAACGUAGAGCGCAAAGGGAGAGAAAGUUUGCCGGUAGACCGACAAGUCCUCCCAGUUAUGCUGCUAAAGAAGAACUAGUUCCAAGAACCUACGACGACCCUAAUGACAGUUCGAGGUCACCUUCACCUAUCAAUUCCGGGAAAAUAACCUACAUUACCUCAUUCGGCGGUGAAGAUGAACUGCAGCCACAUUCAAAGAUUUCGAUUAGCUUUAACAAAGACAGUCAGGCCGGGAGCUCGAAAAGCGGUUUGUAUGCGGAAAAAGUGAAACAAAAUUUGGAGAAGCUGAAAAGCAUAAGUUCCAAGCAAGAAGUACAAAAAAUGCCGGCGCAGUACCAGCGAAGGUCCAGAAGUUACAGCGAUCGAAGCAGGAGUAGGAGUCGCAGUGGAUCUCGAUCGUGGCGGAGGCGAAAGAGUCGAAGUCGCUCAAAAGGGAAGCGCCCCUAUUCGAAGUACCGCAGGCACUCACGGUCCGCAUCACGGUCGUCCCGGUCAAGAUCGCGAUCCCAUUCUAGAGGUCGGCGUGGUGGUCGACGCACACCGGAUUAUGGAACGCGCCAUAGAAAAAUUAGAUCAUCUUCGUCGUCGUCUCCGAUUCGAAAACCUUCACGAAAAACUUCCAGUUCAGAUUCCGAUUCGUCUCGAAGUCCCAGUCCAAUCCAGUCUAAACCGAAGCGGACUUCGCCUCAGUUCUCUCAUCGUAAACUCUUUGUUAAAACGGAACCAUCCGAAAAAGGGCCCGUUCCUGCACCGGUGGUAACAUCAAGUGUUGCUCAACUAGCGACUCCCUUAACUGAACCGGCUAUUCCAGUCGUGAAAGAAGAACCAUCUAUUAAAGUGCCUGUGCUGGUGGAACCGGAACCGGAAGUUCCCAUUCGACGAUAUUACGGGCGAAAGCGUGAUGACCAAAGCUCCAGUGACAGUGAACUGAACACAGACAGUUCGGAAACUGAUGAACCGACAAAGACACCGACAACUGAAUUACCGCUGGCGAUGGAAUAUUCUUCCACUAUGGUACCACAAACGCAAUCGGAAAAGUAUGGCGGCAGUCUUUAUCCUGGAACGAUCAAGCAGGAAAAGCCGGAAUGUGGUCCGUACGGGUCGUCCCUAUCGUCGGCAAGGUUUGGUAAAUCAGCAUCGGUUGCUAGUGCCGGUGCUGGUACCUCAGUUGGCCCAGCCGAGUCCAAAAGCAGCGAUGGUUCGUAUGCGAGUGGUGCAUCUAAGUCACUUAAUCCUAGAGAUCGGUUGAAACGCAAAAUGCAAAUUCUGUUGAAUAAGCAAUUUAAAGCGGACAAAAAAGCAGAAAUCGAGAAGGUAGAACGUCAGAUUCAACAACAGCAGGAGCGUGAAGAUGAAAUGCGCGAAUUGGCGCUUAAGUUAAGACGCAGACAACGUGAACUUCGGCAUAAGUACGGGACACCGGAAAGUGAUAAAAGCCCGUCCAAAUCGGCUGAAAGUUCAGGGGAGGAUCAAUUCAAGGAUUCACGAUUGCAACCAAUCAAAGAGCCUUCCCCUCCACCAAAGCCUCCUCCUGCUCCUCCGACAAGUUCAGUCAGUUUCAGCACUAGUGCCGUUAUCGAACGUAAACCAGUCCUCCGACGGAUCGCUCAAAUCGAGACAUCACGUUCUCCUAGUCUUGUGCGGAGUAUUCAACGGCGUUCGCGGAGCCGAAGUCGAUCGCGAUCUUCUACCACUGGUGGACGAAACCUUACAGCAUCUAGUAGUAGUACUAGUCGACGCUACGACGAUCGUCCGCCAAGAAGGCGUUCCCCGCCAUUGGCUCCGGCUCCGGCGCCAACCAGAUCACGCUAUCGAUCGAGGUCCCAUUCGCGGGAUAGGGAACGCGAUAGAGGACGUGAACGACGCGGGGGAAGCAAACCUUUUCGUGACUAUGGACGCGGUGGAAGCAGUCGUUACCAUCGACGGAGAUCGCGCUCAGUUUCGCGAGAACGACGCAGAUCACGGUCGAGAACACGACGAUCGAUUUCGCGACCAAAAAGCAACGUAAGUGCCGGCAGUAAUCGCAGGGAUAGAUCACCUAAGAUAAUGAAAAAGUUGGUUGAUUAUUAAUACACCCCGGUUUCCUAUUGUGUAUGGUUUAUGUUUAUGAAAUCAGUGUAUUGCCAUACGGUGAAGCGUGCUAAUCGUUUCUACUACAUACUACACACUUGUUAUAUAUCAGUAAGUUGUGAGUUGCGCAUGCUAAAUAUUGGCAAGCAAUAGGAAUAUGGUAAUAAAAGCUACAUUUCUCAGGAUGAUAUUUAA